ACGUACGUACAUAUAAAAAUCACUGGUACUAUUGAUAAUGCUAUUGCGUAUAAUAUAGAACAAUAAAUUCAUAAUCUUUAAUUAUACAUAUUUGUUCACUUUUUCACGAAACGCUCGUUUCGACUAUUUUUCGAGUAAAUAUUUUAGCGGCUUACACGAGCGUGGAUUAGGUUGAAACAGAAGUCCACGGUGAAGAAACAGACAUAGUUCCGUUUAGAAUUCAAUCGUUAGAUAGUUACGAACGUCUGGAAACUCGUGUACGCAUUACGAAGUAUUUAAAUAUCCGACGAUCCGGAUUUAGUACGUAGUUCCGCAAUAUUUAGCAUUCGUUUUGUCACGAUAGAGGAAAGAAACGAUGAAAUUUCGAAAAUUUGAAUUUAUUGCCGGCACUAUUACAUAUUGUACGAGUUCCACGUCCUGUAAUUCAUACUCGUAGUAGAUUUUUAAACGAAACGUAGGUUUUUAAACACGAACGGUAAGACUCGCGUAAUUACUAAUUGUAAAUAAUUACAAAGGAAUUGGGAAUGUAAUGACUUCGGAAUAGAUGUUUAUACUUGUAACAUUCUUCCAACCGACUUGGCUAAAUGUAUGGAAGGAGUGAAGAACUUUUUAUUAAUAAAUAAAGUCGUUCCUCUGAAUCGUUGUUCUUCAAGUUAUGGUUAAUUAAUGGUAGGUAGUGAUAUUAAGCGAAAACAUAUAUUAUAUAAAUAUAAAAAUAUGUAUAUACAUAUAUAUCAUUUUCUUCAACCAUUUUAAAAUGAAAAUACAGGUCUUCCUUUGAAAGAAACGAAAAAAAUGUUACGAUACUUUAAAGUCGUUACGAACGCUAAUGUAAGUGGUGUGCAACAAGUACAGUAAAAUUCCUGGGAGACCCAGGAAGAGACACGGGUAUUUAGUGGUUCGGGAACGACGUUGGUUUCACGCUCGAAGGAAAUUAAUUCCGACGAUGGUCGCGGGUUAUCGCGUAAUCAACACCUCCUUUUAAUCAAUUAAGCUCGGCGGUCUAGCGACGAGGUACACGAGACACGAGCCUCGUCCCUGAGGAACGCAUCACGCUACUCCCAAGUGUUUGUUAACCGUCCGAGAAGACUCCGCCUUUUGGCACGGGACCCAAAGGAAGAGGAUGCAGUUAGCAUCCCGUGAACCCAAGUUAGCCGAGCGUGGGUGUCCGCGUAGGAGGAUCUUCGUGAAACCCCUCCUUCCUCGUGAAAGGUUUCCCUUCCUCUCGAUCCUCCUCUCCAAUGUUUCUCGAUCGGUCACCUCGGUGGAGAGGAAACCUCAGGAAAGAAGAGGAGGAGAUUUCCGUAAAAAGAGAGAGGGAGGGAAUACAUCGGAGAAUGAUGUCUCGAUGAUAAGCCGCGAGGUGUAGUCGACUCGGGGGAGUUCUUUCUGAUUCAUCCGAUGUCGCGUUCACGCCGCCGACGACUUUAAGCCCUUGUCAGCGUCCGGAUCUCGAGGUGAAGACAAGUCCUGUUGACGAGAGGUGUGAGAGCCCGUCGACGAUGUCGAGCAUCCUCUGAUAGUCGCCCCAGGAUCUCGAAUCUCGUUGAUUGCCUCGAACCGCUUAACGACCAGCCACGAAAGAUAACCGUCCUUCGGGACAUGCUCGCCAAUUUCUUUUUCCUUCUGUUUCAACGUCGACAAACCUUGUCCCAGUUUCCGCGUGACAUCCACCGAUUGGUUUUUUGCGGACCAAAUUUUCGACGAGACGGAAAAAAGAUUAAACAGAAAGCAGAGAAUCAAGUGCCAGGCUGUGACGUGUGUUUCUUGUUGUUAACGUGACGGUGACUGUGAUCGAAGGGUGGAAUCGAUCGAAAUUUUCAAAGAAAGCCUUACAUUGUACAAUACGGUUGCAUUAUGCGCGAAACAGUGGUGGUUGCGAUUUGGUUCUGAAGACUGCAGAGAAUCGAGUCGAAUUUUUACGAAGGAUCGUAUUCAAUUUACCCUUCAGUUUCGGUUCAAGUUGUGCUUUGGAGUGAAUGAUAAAGAGUGUUCAAGUUCAAAGGUAUAUGGUGAAUUUGUGAGAAAAAAGAAAGUGAUUCGGUUGUCGAUGUUGCCAGAGGACCAGUAAGGAUGCAACAGCAACACGAGCCACGGCACGAUAUCACCGCUGAUUGCUGCUAUCAGCAAUGGGCUCCCCAUCAUCAGACUCAUCACUCUGCUCAGUCCAUGACGAGCGUUCCAUCCCCAAUGCAACAGAUGGAAGCGUGUUUGCAGACCGCGGGAAGGGUGAAACGAUCCCGUAGCCCCAACCUACCGAAAACCUCGCUAACACAGCGCGUCGCUAAUUCGUCGAUUUCCACGACAACUCCCACAGAAUCUCGCAACGAUAGCAACAACAACAAUCGUCAUUACGGAGACCACCAUCCCAGAGAGAAUGGCGCGAGUUUGACGGAAGAAUCUGGCUCCAAGAGGCCUCUACAUUCCGCUCUGGUUGGUGCCGGCGCUGCUCUCGAAGCGAAACCACUAUGGGAAGAAUUCCAUCAAUUAGGAACAGAAAUGAUCGUCACAAAAGCUGGAAGAAGAAUGUUCCCUACCUUCCAGUGUCGUUUUUUUGGGUUAGACCCCAACACGGAUUACCUGCUGGUGAUGGACUUCGUACCCUGCGACGACAAGAGGUAUCGAUACGCUUUUCACAGCAGCGCCUGGGUAGUGGCUGGUCGCGCGGAUCCAAUCUCGCCCCCGAGGAUUCACGUGCAUCCUGACAGUCCUGCGAGUGGCGCUCAUUGGAUGAAGCAACCCGUUUCGUUCGACAAACUGAAGCUCACGAACAAUCAACUCGACGACAACGGACACAUAAUCUUAAACUCUAUGCAUCGGUACCAACCAAGGUGCCACGUGGUGGUCGCGCCCUCGCCGCCAGGUUCUGGCCCCGAUCCUCGCACGGAGAACUUCAAAACCUUCACCUUCCCCGAGACGAGAUUCACCGCUGUAACCGCCUACCAGAAUCAUCGCAUCACGCAACUGAAGAUCGCCAGCAAUCCGUUCGCCAAAGGGUUCAGAGACUGCGAAUCGGACGAGUGCGACUCCGUUACAGUUUCCAGUAUGCAGAACCCUGCGAAGAGGCCCGCGACCGGAAGCACCGGCGUACUCUCGUCGAGUAGUUACGUGAACGCGAUACCAACGGUCCAGAUCCCUGGUAUAUCUAGUCAGGAUCAUCAUCAGUUUUACGGGGCUGCCGCGGCUGGACCUUGGGCUUAUCCCGCGCACCAUGGUCAACCUGCGGCGCAUAUGAAUUCUGUUCAUUAUCCAACGCAUCCUCAUCAUGCGCAUCCCUCGGGAGCGUCGUUGUACGGGCCACGAUAAUUCGGAGUUGCGAGGAACGUCAUUCGAAAUGAACACAGCGAUCCUUUUUAUAUUCUGCAGAUUGUAGAGCACUGAAAAAUAUUAAACAUAUUUUGAUAUGCGUAUUAGAGAAGACUACCCUUGAGUACAUCGACGGGUGUAGGAAUUGGAAAACUCAUUGUUGAUUGUUUGGAAAGAAUGGAAGUUGUACGGUGGACUAAGCAAACGUUCUUUCCAGCAGCAUAUCGUAGAACGUGCGAUGAACGAGUGUCGCGAAUCGUGCCUUAUCGAGAGAGUAAUUGCGGAGAAAGUUUGUGAAAACUAUACCAAAGAUAGUACUAGGUUUAAGUAUGUAAUAUACAGUAACUUGAAUUAUAUUCGUAUCCAGUGUCUUUAUACAUACGUAAGAUAAAAAGAAGCAGCGAGCCAAAUGUAACGAUAACGCAAUCGAUGAUCUACUUUGAUCAAUUUUUCCUAAGAUCUUUCGGUGAACUGUUACUCUGCCUUCGUAGCGUGUAGUAUUUAUUCAAAAAUCAUUUAUUCUUAAUAAAUCAUCGUACUCGUAAACAAGGUACCGGUGACGUUCAUCGAAAACAUAUUUAUUAAAUGAUAAUUUACCGAAGGAUCUUGAAAAGGUGAAAGAGAAUAAAAUAUGUAAUUCGAUUCGAUAUAAUGUCGAUAUCUCGAGCGCCGGCCUAGAUAAAAAUUCCGCCGAUUCCUGGCGUGAUCAGUACCGUCGCUGUUCGCGACGAUCGAACCACGCGAUACAAAUCGGUUGUUGGUGUCGUAGGUCCGUAGCUCGACGGUCGAAAAAGAAAGUGCCUUUUGUAGGAGCAAAGUGCAUCUAUUUAUACAGGGUGUCUGAAAUGCCAAACGGGCCUAAAACGCUCUCGAGCCAAGUCGGGAAAGUAAACGCACCGUGACAACCCAUGAGAGAGCUUGGUCGCUAAGUGCCUUAAUAAAUUAUUCUCCAAGUAUCGUGUGCCAUUGUAUCUCGAAAUUUUUUUCCCCCUCGAAUGUUCUCUUUCCUCGAGAAUCCGCUAAUAUUAAGAAACUCAAGAGCGCUCUGCGUGCGCAACGGUCCUGUACGUAUUCGAAAAAAAAAAGAGAAGUGUAUGAAAUAAAUGUCAACGUGACGUCGAGCACUCGA